AUGCCACGCAAGCAGUCUGGGGAGCCAGAGGGCCCGGUGAAGGGCGCAGCGGAGGAAGGUGAUCAGCCCCAGAAGGAGGAAGGCGAGCCCAAGGGCAGCAAAAGCUCUGGCUCUGAAUCGCGGCGAAGCUCCCAGUCUGGCCACGGGCGCAGGCACAGCAAAAAGCAUCAAGCUGACCCUCAUGCAGCUGCCAUCAAGGCAUACUCGCCGUUCCUUAACACUGUCUUUGGCAAGGAGAGGGAACUUUCUCCAGUGGAGCUGGAUGAGCUGCUAGAUGCCUUCAAGGAGUUUGACACGGACCAGGAUGGCUACAUCAGCUACAAGGACCUGGGAGAGUGCAUGCGCACCAUGGGCUACAUGCCCACGGAGAUGGAGCUGAUCGAGAUCUCCCAGCACAUCAAAAUGCGGAUGGGAGGGCGUGUAGACUUCGAGGACUUUGUGGAGAUGAUGGGCCCCAAGCUGCGUGAGGAGACAGCGCACAUGGUGGGCGUGAGGGAGCUGAAAAUUGCCUUCCGUGAGUUCGAUACAGAUGGGGAUGGAGCAAUCAGCGAGGCAGAGCUUCGCCAGGCUGUGGGUGCCCUUCUAGGUGAGCAACUGAAGGCCCAAGAAGUGGAUGAGAUCCUACAGGACGUUGAUCUCAAUGGGGAUGGAAAAGUGGACUUUGAUGAAUUUGUGAUGAUGCUGUCAUCCAGGUAACCAGAUCUGGAGGGGAAGGGGCUGUCUCGCCCCUUCCAGCAUUAUCCUCCUUUUUCAGUAGUCAAAGGAAAUGGGCUGCCCUUUGAUCUCUUUCCACCUCCUGGAGAUAGUGGGACAUCACCCAUGGAAGGAUGAAUUGUCUUCUGUGGAAACCUUCUGGACUUCACUGAAAGCCACGAAACCCCACCUACACAUUUAAUUCAGUCUUCAUGUGAUGUAAGGUAUCGCUGGGGAGCUGGAGAGGUGCCAGGCUGCAAGCCAUGUCCGAAGGGAACUUAUCCUGCCUUGAGGCAAAUUGUCUAGACAGCCCAAAAGAAUCUGCCUGGCAGUUUCCCCUCCCUGUUAACAGGAAGUACACAAAAGCUCACACCAAAUUCUUCUGGUCCUGGAAAACUGUCAACAGGCAUGGAAAAAUCACUCUCAACCAUGGAUCAAAUGUGAAGGCCCCGUGAUUUUUCUGUGUCCAAGUUCUCUGCGCAACCUGAGGCUUCAUCCAGGAGCCAGA